CUUGAGCCAGUUGCAGGAACAAACCUCGGCUUCGACAUGAUUUCAUUUCCUCAGACGUCUCUGGCGGAAUUUACGACUAGUAUUCCACAAGAGGAUAGCUCAGCGUGGGCAUUUGAUUCCAUUUUCGGGCCGCUACAGCACAUUGGAGAACCGAAUGAACAGUAUAAGUUGAGCUUCGAUAACCUCAGCGAAGGCAGUGAUAGCUCGCCAACCAACAUGGACGUUUCAAUAUCGAAUGCGAACGAGGAUUGCCUAGUCGACCGUAUAUCCAUGUCCGAGGCAUGUUUCUGUUCUACUACUCUGCUCCAACAGCUCGCCGAUUUCGUCCUGUGCUGCACGCGUUGUGGGCCAAGAUAUUCAUCGGCAUUAAUUAUAUGCUAUGGCAUAGACGAGAUAUCCAUCUCCUUCGGGAUGGGUACACUUUGGGGAGAAGUUUCCUCGGAUCGGCUUCCAAUAGGCAAUGCCGUGGCAAGGGACGAAUUUAAUUUGAGGUUCGGAUCUUACUCCGUAAAGGACACUGAUCGGCGUGCUCUGCUGAGAGUACUUGCGCUGAAGCGCUUGAAUGAAAUGCAACGCGUAAUAGGCAGACUGCACCAGAUCAUCCAACAGGCUUUUAUAGUUAAAUCGCCCCACCAUGCUAUAUGCGCCGACAUGGUCUCUGAGUUGGCAAGAAAUAUACAAGCAAGAAUA